CGGAAGUGCUCGGUUCUUUUUUUUGUUUGUUUGUUUGCUCCCGCCCCCCCUACCCGGAAGCGCUUAUCUUGGGAAGAUGGCGGCUGUGUCGGUGUAUAAGCCACCGGUUGGAGGUUUCACGUUUGAUAACUGCCGCAGGAACGCUGUCUUAGAAGCGGAUUUUGCAAAGAAGGGAUACAAGCUUCCAAAGGCCCGGAAAACUGGCACGACCAUCGCUGGGGUGGUCUAUAAGGAUGGCAUAGUUCUUGGAGCAGAUACAAGGGCAACUGAAGGGAUGGUUGUUGCUGACAAGAACUGUUCAAAAAUACAUUUCAUAUCUCCUAAUAUUUAUUGUUGUGGUGCUGGGACGGCUGCAGAUACAGACAUGACAACCCAGCUCAUUUCUUCCAACUUGGAGCUCCACUCCCUCUCUACUGGCCGUCUUCCCAGAGUCGUGACGGCCAAUCGGAUGCUGAAGCAGAUGCUUUUCAGGUAUCAAGGUUACAUUGGUGCAGCCCUAGUGUUAGGGGGAGUGGAUGUUACUGGACCUCACCUCUACAGCAUCUAUCCUCACGGAUCAACUGAUAAGUUGCCUUAUGUCACCAUGGGUUCUGGCUCCUUGGCAGCAAUGGCUGUGUUUGAAGAUAAGUUUAGGCCAGAUAUGGAGGAGGAGGAGGCCAAGAAGCUGGUGAGUGAAGCCAUUGCAGCCGGCAUCUUCAAUGACUUGGGGUCUGGAAGCAACAUUGAUCUCUGUGUCAUCAGCAAAAGCAAGCUGGAUUUUCUCCGCCCAUACUCAGUGCCCAACAAGAAGGGGACCAGGUUUGGCCGGUACAGGUGUGAGAAAGGGACCACUGCAGUCCUCUCUGAAAAAGUCACUACCCUGGAAAUUGAGGUUCUCGAAGAAACAGUCCAAACUAUGGACACUUCCUGAGUGGUGUCAGGGGUUGGCUGGCUGGCUGCUGCUGUGGAAGAUGGGGGUGUGGGCCCCCAAGAUGUGCAUUUGGCUAGUGUUUGCUGAGUGAAAUGUAAUAAAGUGAAAACCAGAUUGGGUGGCUG